CUUUUUCCAAGUUUUCCACUCCCACAUAGACACACGCAGGCCAACUAAACCUACGUGCCGAAAGACAUGUGUCUUCUCUCGCGCCGUGGAUAAAGAGGAGCACGAGCUGGUUUAACGCUUAACAUAGCUGCGAUUCAGCAUGGCUUACGUGUGUGUGUGCGUGCUUCUGUGCGCGGCUGUGCUCGUGCCCGCGGCUCGAUGUCAGUACGAGCACUACAGUGCGGAGAAUUUCCCGGACGCGGAUCUGAUGCCGCUGGACUCGGCCUACGGGUUCGCGAUGGAGCGGUACGGCGCGCGGGACUGGGCAGAGAGCGCGCGCUACUUGGAGCUUAGCCUGCGCCUCCACCGCUUACUUAAGGAGAGUGAGGCGCGCUGCAGCCGCGCAUGCACCGGGGACGACCUGCGCGACAGCGAGACCGACGCGGCCCUGCGCAUCACCCAGCACAUCAUCAUUCGCGCGGCGUGCGUGAAAAAGUGCAAAGCAGAAAUUCCAGUGUUUUCAAAAAAAUACCCGAACGCCGAAACUUUGGAGGCCUUUCGCACGAGGACGCCGUACCGGUAUUUACAAUUUGCUCAUUAUCAGAUGAAUAAUCUGGAGAAGGCUGUAUCAGCAGCACAUACUUAUCAACAGCGUAACCCAGGGGACCCGCUAAUCACCAAAAACAUGAACUUUUACAAAAGUUUGUUCGAUAUUGAAGAGUACUUAAUUGACCAGGAGGAGAAAAAACAUGAGACACUAUUCUUGAAGGCAGUGCUGCUGUAUAAUUCAGGAGACUUCAGCAGGUCGGUGAAGAUGAUGGAGGAAGUGUGUGUGGAGUAUUUUCAUGCAUAUGAUGAGUGUGUUUCAUCGUGUGAAGGAUCAUACGAUGUGCAAGAGGUCAAAGAUUUUUACCCAACACUUGCAGGUUUCUUCAUGGAGGUAAUGAGGUGUAAGCUGAAGUGUGAAGAGGAUUUAACUCCCAACGUUGGUGGAUUUUUUGUAGAAAAAUUUGUUGCAACAAUUUACCACUACAUGCAAUUUGCAUAUUAUAAAUUAAAUGAUGUCGUGAAGGCUGCUCCAUGUGCCCUUAGUUACCUGCUCUUUGAUCCUGAUGAUCAGGUGAUGCAGCAAAAUGUUGCAUAUUAUAAAUUUCACAGAAAGCAGUGGGACCUGAAAGAGGAGGACUUUAAACCCCGCCCUGAAGCUCUUCGUUACUUUAAUCAGACAACAAAACAAAAAGAAUUAAUGGAAUUUGCACACAACUAUUUACAAACAGAUGAUGAGGAUAUUGUAAGUCCAGAGGAAUCUCCUGCUCCUUCUUCUCCUGAUGCGGAGUUUGAGGGAGUUGGUGAUUAUGAAGAGUCGUUUCUUUCUGAGUGGUGGCAGGAACCAAAAACUAAAGGAGACACUGGAGAAGCAGAAGAAUGAAACACACACACAAACACACAAAGGACUGCAUGUGGACAUGUAUUGAGGAGCUACAAUAAUGCUGAAUACAGGAACUAUUACAUACACACAGCUAAAAAUCUAUCAGGACUGGCAGAGAGCCAUGGGUGACCCUCCGUUGUUGUUGUUGUUGUUAUUAUUAUUUUAUUGUUAUUAUUUUUGUCACUCAGCUGCAGAUUUAUUGUGACAAUAAAACUAAUACCUACAUUAUUUUUUAAAUGUUAAA